AUGACCAUUAUCCCCAAACACCCGUCUCCAACGCUUUUCAAGCCUCUGGCGCUAGGAAAAUGCCAGCUCCAGCAUCGAAUUGUCAUGUCGCCAACCACCCGAUAUAGAGCUGAUGAGGCUGCUGUGCCUCUGCCGUUUGUGAAAGAAUAUUACGCCCAGCGAGCAUCUGAUCCGGGGGCUCUGUUGAUUACUGAAGCGACGAAUAUUUGCCCAAACUCAGUUGGCGAAGCACAUAUCCCAGGGAUAUGGAGUAAGACACAAUGCGAAGCUUGGAGAGAGGUUGUUUCCCAGGUUCAUGCCAAAGAAUGUUAUAUCUUCUGCCAGAUUUAUGCUACCGGCCGAUCUGCCGACCCGGAAUUGCUCGCAUCCCGAGGGUUUGAACAGGUGUCGAGCAGUGCUGUUGCGGCAGAGCCAGGGUGCCAGCCCCCACGCGCGCUAGACGAAGAGGAGAUUCAGAAGUACAUCUCUGACUAUGCGCAAGCAGCACGAAAUGCCAUUGAGGUCGGGUUCGAUGGGGUGGAGAUCCACGGCGCCAACGGCUAUCUCAUCGACCAGUUCACGCAGGCCUCGUGCAACCAGCGGACCGACGAGUGGGGAGGAGACAUUCCGAAUCGAGCACGGUUCGCUCUCCAAGUUACCAUGGCGGUAAUUAAUGCAAUCGGUCCGGAUCGAGUUGGCAUGAAGCUUUCCCCGUGGAGCCAGUAUUCCGGAAUGGGUAUCAUGGGUGACCUGGUUCCCCAGUUUGAAUACCUCAUCCUGCAGCUUCGACAACUCGGCAUUGCGUACUUACACCUCGCCAACUCCCGGUGGUUGGACCAAAUGACGACUCACCCUGAUCCAAACCACCUCACCUUUGUCAAGGUAUGGGGGAGGUCCCUGCCAGUGAUCCUGGCGGGCGGAUAUGAUGCGACGUCGGCCCCAGAGGUGAUUGAAAUGGUGUAUGCAGACUAUGACAAUGUUGCUAUUGGAUUUGGGAGAUACUUCACCUCCACGCCCGAUCUCCCUUUUCGGAUGAAGAAUGGCAUCGCCCUACAGAAAUACGAUCGCUCCUCAUUCUAUACGUGUCUCACGAAAACUGGCUACCUGGAUUACCCGUAUAGUCCUGAGUAUCUGUGCCGGAGCAGUUGA